AUGGGGAACUUCGUGCCUGGAAUUGUAAGUAGAGUGGAUCAUUGUCAUCCAAGGAUAUCAAGCCAUCAAAUUGAGCCAUUGACCAUUCUGGCUUUCAGAGCUAUAUCAGAGCACAUAAGACGAUGUAAAGUGUUUGAUCGAAAGCUGAUAGCAAACGGCCGGUUUCAACUGCUGAGCAUUCUGCUUUGUGGAGUAAUCCAUGCCAAGGGAAUAACAUGGGAAGAUCGAUGUAAACUGUGCUGCAUUCUCAUCUGUGGAGUUAUAUCUGACUACAUCCAUCAUGGACCAAUUGAUGCAAAGGAAUCAGCGAUUGAUCUGCUUGGAGACCUUCCAGAGGACGUGCUAUGCACAAUUUUUUCAAAGUUGCCUCUGGAAGAGGCUGUAAGAACCAGUGCCGUAUCAAGGAAAUGGAGAUACUUGUGGAUGCUUUGCUCUAAAUUGAGUUUCGAUGGAAAUACAGUAUGUGGAAAAAACAAUUAUGAGAAAAGAAUGUAUACUCUAAUGUUCACUCGCAUUGUUGAUAGGGUCCUGGAACAGUAUCGUGGCAAGUUAGUGGAAGAGCUUGCAAUCAAAAUUGAGUUGAACUGGAUGUUGGUUGAACAUCUUGAUAAUUGGGUUCGUUUUGCUGUAUCAUCGCGCACAAAGGCACUAGUUUUUGAUUUAGCACGAGAACAGCGUCAACCUCCAGGUUGUCAUGAUCGAUACAAAUUUCCAUUUGAGCUUUUAGACGAGGACAGUAUAUGCCGUCUACAGAAACUUCAUCUUAGCUUUGUAGAUUUCCAGCCACCGAUGCAUUUCAGUGGUUUCCCUAACCUAAGGAAGCUUGAUCUGAGCAUAGUGAGUGUCAAUGGGAAGGAUAUUCAACAUAUGUUGUCAAACUGCUGUAACCUAGAGUGGCUGAGUAUUGUUAGAUGCCAUCUCAAUGGUGAACUAGAGGUUAACGGCCCACUGCCCCACCUGCUAUACUUGAAAAUUGCUUCCUGCAGAUUAACAAAUAUAGCAUUCCAUGCCGUGAACCUUGCGACUUUCGAAUACAGAGGACUGGCGGUGCCUAUUGACCUCAGUAAAUCAUCGGAACUGAAAUGUGCAAACAUAUGGUAUUAUGGAGACACGCUCGAGCACACUAUUACUGUUCUUGCUAAUGUGCUUAUAAAUGUGCAACAUCUGACCCUCGAUACGGCCUGUGAACCUCCAAAGAUUCCCUGUUUGAUGCAUUACCGAUGCAAGUUUUCUCAGAUGACGUAUUUACAAUUGAGGUUGGUUUAUAUGGAAGAAUUCAAUAUAUUAUCUUUGGUCUCUUUUGUGAGGUCUGCUCCUUUCAUCAAGAAGUUAGAGCUGGACUUCCGUUUCCCCAGUUACGUGCAUUCGGUACAAGAAUCCGAUGAACCUAUCAGGAAGCUACCGGAGCGUCUGUUCAACAACUUAAAGAGUUUGUACAUUACAGGAUUUAAAGCAUGCAUCGGUCAAGUUGAGUUCCUUUCGCACAUGGUGGAAAAUUCCCCUGCACUGGAGAUUUUAAGUAUAGACCAUUCAGACAAAUAUCCCCUAGAAGGCCAUGAACAGGACACGAAAAUGGUUGUUGACGCGGUCCAUAGAAUUGCUAGAAGGUAUCUUGAAGGGAAGAUUUCAUCCAAGUGCACCCUAAUAUUACUGCAAGCACGCAGCUGCAGAGCUGAGCUGCUGCUCCUGGACUUAAGGUUAUUUAGUAUAAUAUAA